AUGGCGGACUCGGUGGCGUACGACAAGUACAUGAAGGACACCUUCGAAGAGGGUCCCAUCGACGUCGACGACAUUGACGUGGCCGGCUACUCGUCGUAUGCCAACGGCAAGGGCGUCGACUACGACAACGAUGACGGCUACUCGGAGGAAAUCACACAGGAGGACUGCUGGGACGUCAUCCGCGCAUUCUUCGAGGAAAAGGGCCUCGUGCGUCAUCAGCUCGACAGUUUCAACGAGUUCAUGUCCAACACCAUCCAGGAACUCGUAGAAGAAGUCCGCAGCCUCACCCUCGAGCAGAGCGACCAGCACUCCGGCCAUGCAGAGGACAAGACUCGCAGAUACGAGAUCGAGUUCGGCCAGAUCUACCUCAACAAGCCCACCAUGACCGAAUCCGACGGCAGCUCCGCACAGCUCUUCCCGCAAGAGGCGCGUUACCGCAACCUCACCUACUCGGCAUCGCUCUUCGUCGACGUCACACAAAAGGUGCUCGUCCAGAGCGAGGACGAGCUCGACCUCAACGGCGACGCCGCCUGGGUUCCCGAGCACGGCAAGACCGACGUGGACGAGCAGCAGAUCUUCAUCGGCAAGGUGCCCAUCAUGCUCAAGUCCGACUUCUGCUGGCUCAAGGGCCUCGACGACGAGAUGUCCUACUCGCUCAACGAGUGUCCCUACGACGCCGGUGGAUACUUUGUCAUCAACGGCUCCGAAAAGGUCCUCAUCGCCCAGGAGCGCAUGGCCGCCAACCACGUCUACGUCUUCUCCAAGGCGCCUCCCGCACCCGUCACCUUCCUCGCAGAGAUCCGCAGCGCCGUCGAAAAGGGCGGAAAGACCAUCUCCACCAUGCAGGUCAAGCUCUUCUCGCGCAACAAGGAGAAGACCGCCAACAACACCAUCCGCGCCACCCUCCCCUACAUCCGCAACGACAUCCCCAUCAUCAUCGUCUUCCGUGCGCUCGGCAUCGUUCCCGACCGCGAAGUUCUCCAGCACAUCUGCUACGACUUUAACGAUACGCCCAUGCUCGAGAUGCUCAAGCCGUGUAUCGAGGAAGCCUUCGUCAUCCAGGACCGCGACGUGGCGCUCGACUUUAUCGGACGACGUGGUACCACCACCGGUCUCUCGCGCGCCAAGCGUACCGUCUAUGCACAGGAGAUCCUGCAAAAGGAGAUGCUGCCGCACGUCUCCACCUCCGAGGGCUCCAACACCAAAAAGGCCUACUUCUUUGGCUACAUGAUCCACCGUCUCCUCCUCGCCGCCCUCGACCGUCGCGAGAUCGACGACCGCGACCACUUUGGCAAGAAGCGCAUCGACCUCGGCGGGCCGCUCAUGGCCAACCUCUUCCGCAUGCUCUUCCGCAAGGUCACCCGCGACGUCUACCGCCACCUCCAAAAGUGUGUCGAGGAGCACCGCGAGUUCCACAUCCAGGCCGCCGUCAAGUCGAGCACCAUCACCAACGGCCUCCGCUACUCGCUCGCCACCGGAAACUGGGGCGACCAGAAGAAGGCCAUGCAGGCCAAGGCCGGUGUCUCGCAGGUGCUCAACCGCUUCGCCUUUGCCUCGACCCUCUCGCAUCUGCGCCGCACCAACACCCCCAUCGGCCGCGACGGCAAGAUCGCCAAGCCGCGUCAGCUCCACAACACCCACUGGGGCAUGGUCUGCCCCGCCGAGACGCCCGAAGGUCAGGCGUGCGGUCUGGUCAAGAACCUCAGUCUCAUGGCCACCGUCACCGUCGGCACACCCUCGGCGCCCAUCGUCGAGUUCCUCGAAGAGUUUGGCCUCGACUCGCUCGUCGACAUGCAGGUGGCGCACGCCAAGGCGACCAAGAUCUUUGUCAACGGUGUCUGGAUGGGCACGCACGACGAUCCCGGCCAGCUCGUCGACACGCUGCGCGACCUCCGCCGCAAGGACGACAUCUCGCACGAGGUCUCGGUGGUGCGCGACAUCCGCGAGCGCGAACUGCGCAUCUACACCGACGCAUCGCGUGUGCUUCGCCCCGUCUUUAUCGUCAACCCUCACGACAUGACGCUCCUGAUCAAGAAGCACCACGUCCAGAUGAUCGGUCAGCCCGUCCCGGCCACCGGCGAGGAGUUCCGCUGGACCCAGCUCGUCCAGGAAGGCGUCAUCGAGUAUCUCGACGCCGAGGAGGAGGAGUCGGUGCUCAUCUGCAUGACCACCACCGACCUCGAGCUCUCGCGCGAGUACAAGCAACGCAACGGCAACAUCAACCUCACCUCCGCCGACCCCACCGCCCGUCUCAAGGCCGUCCACACGAUCGCACCCGAUACAUGGACCCAUUGCGAGAUUCACCCCGCCAUGACCCUCGGCAUCUGCGCCUCGAUCGUCCCCUUCCCCGAUCACAAUCAAUCGCCAAGAAAUGUGUAUCAAUCUGCCAUGGGGAAACAGGCCAUCGGCACACCUAUUUCCAACAUCCUUGCUCGAGCAGAUUCGAUGGCCCACGUCCUUUAUUAUCCCCACAAGCCCCUGGGAACGACUCGGUCGAUGGAGCAUAUCCGAUUCCGCGAGUUGCCCGCCGGCCAAAACUCGAUCGUGGCGAUCAUGUGUUACUCGGGUUACAACCAGGAAGACUCGGUGAUCAUGAACCAGUCGUCGAUCGACCGCGGCUUUAUGCGCUCGCUGUACUACCGCGGGUACAUGGCCGAGGAGAAGAAGGUGGGAGUGAUGCAGCUGGAGGAGUUCGAGAAGCCGCACCGGGACACGACGAUCCGAAUGAAGCACGGCACGUACGACAAGAUCGACGCCGACGGACUGGUGGCGCCGGGCACGCGGGUGUCGGGCGACGAUGUGAUCAUCGGCAAGACGGCGCCGCUUCCGCCGGACUCGGAGGAGCUGGGCAUGCGAUCGAAGCUGCAUACGAAGAAGGACGCGAGCAUCUCGCUCAAGUCGACGGAGAACGGCAUUAUCGACCAGGUGCUGCUGACGACCAACUCGAACGGCAACAAGUUUGUCAAGGUGCGCGUGCGCAACUCGCGUGUGCCGCAGACGGGCGACAAGUUUGCCUCGCGUCACGGCCAAAAGGGAACGGUGGGCAUCAUGUACCGGCAGGAGGACAUGCCGUUUUCGGCGGAGGGCAUCACGCCGGACAUUAUCAUCAACCCGCACGCGAUUCCGUCGCGAAUGACGAUCGGACAUCUGGUGGAGUGUCUGCUGUCCAAGGUGGCUGCGCUUUCGGGACAGGAGGGCGAUGCGACGCCUUUCACCGAGCUGACGGUGGAGGCGGUGUCGUCGAUCCUGCGCGGACUUGGGUACCAGUCGCGUGGACUCGAGGUCAUGUACCACGGGCACACGGGACGCAAGAUGCAGGCGCAGGUGUAUCUGGGACCGACGUACUACCAGCGACUGAAGCACAUGGUGGACGACAAGAUCCACUCGCGUGCGCGAGGACCGGUGCAGAUCCUGACGCGCCAGCCCGUCGAGGGACGAUCGCGCGGCGGAGGAUUGCGAUUCGGCGAGAUGGAGCGCGACUGCAUGAUCGCGCACGGCAUCGCUGGCUUCCUCAAGGAGCGCAUGUUUGACGUGUCGGAUCCGUACCGGAUCCACGUGUGCGAUCUGUGCGGCCUGACGGCGCUGGCGAACCUCAAGAAGGGGACGUACGAGUGCCGAUCGUGCCGCAACCGCACGGCCAUCUCGCAGAUCCACAUCCCGUAUGCGGCCAAACUGCUCAUGCAGGAGCUGCAGAGUGUCAAUGUGGCGCUGCGUCUGUACUAA